AUGGACUUGCUCAGAGAUGCUGGGUUGUUGGGAUGCAAACCAUCUUCAGUUCCCUUGGAUCCAGUGAAUCAGUUGAAGCAAGACACUGGAAAUCCCAUGAAAGAUCCAUCCCAAUUUAGAAGGAAGAUUGGGAGGGAGCUUUAUUUGUGCAUCACACGAUCUGACAUAACAUUUGCAGUACAUAAACUCAGCCAAUAUGUUUCAAAGCCUUGUGAUGAGCAUUGGGAAGCAAGUGAGAAGAUACUCAGAUAUCUAAAAGGAACUCCUGGCCAUGGUUUGUUCUAUUCCAGUGAUAAUAAACCUGCACUUAGCAUUUUUUUCAGAUGCAGAUUGGGCAGCAUGCUUAGAUACAAGAAGGUCUUUGACAUGUUAUUGUUUGUUCCUUGGCACUUCAUUGGUGUCUUGGAAGGCAAAGAAACAGCACCAUAUCUAGAUCGUCAGCUGAGGUAG